GGAAAUUCUUUGUGCAGCACGCCUGCGCAGUCUGGCGGCCAAUGCCGCUAUAAAGGCUUGUUUUGCUCCGGGGGCUAAUGCUCCGGAGCGUGGUCGAGUGGCCGGCGCGGCCGUCCUGGAGCUGGGGCACAGGAAUUCUCAAGUGGAACCAAGAGUCUGUGAACCCUCCACUCACAGAAGAUGAAGGACAUUGACAUAGGAAAAGAAUACAUCAUCCCCAGCCCUGGUUAUAGAAAUGUGCGGGAGAGAACCAGCAAUUCAGGGCAGCACCGAGACCGUGAGGACUCCAAGUACAAGAGAACUCAACCGUUGGAUUGCCAGGAUGCCUUGGAAACAGCAGCCCGAGCGGAAGGCCUUUCCCUGGACCCCUCCAUGCAUUCUCAGCUCAGAAUCCUGGAUGAGGAACAUCCCAAGGGAAAGUACCAUCAUAGCUUAAGUGUUCUGAAGCCCAUCCGGACCACUUCCAAACACCAGCACCCAGUGGACAAUGCUGGGCUCUUCUCCUGUAUGACUUUUUCUUGGCUUUCUCCUCUGGCUCGCAAAGCCCACAAGAAGGGGGAGCUCUUAAUGGAGGAUGUGUGGUCUUUGUCGAAGCAUGAGUCUUCUGAGGUGAACUGCAGAAGACUAGAGAGACUGUGGCAAGAAGAGCUGAAUGAAGCUGGGCCCGACGCUGCUUCCCUCCGGAGGGUUGUGUGGACCUUCUGCCGCACCAGGCUCAUCCUCUCCAUCGUGUGCCUGAUGAUCACGCAGCUGGCAGGCUUCAGUGGACCAGCCUUCGUGGUGAAACACCUCCUGGAGUACACCCAGGACACAGAGUCUAACCUCCAGUACAGCUUGCUGCUAGUCCUGGGCCUCCUCCUGACAGAAAUCGUGCGUUCUUGGUCACUUGCACUGACAUGGGCGUUGAAUUACCGAACUGGGGUACGCUUGCGGGGAGCCAUCCUAACCAUGGCGUUUAAGAAGAUCCUUAAGCUGAAGAACAUUAAGGAGAAGUCUGUGGGUGAGCUCAUCAACCUGUGCUCAAACGACGGGCAGAGGAUGUUUGAGGCAGCUGCUGUUGGCAGCUUGCUGGCUGGAGGACCUGUUAUUGCCAUCUUGGGCAUGGUUUAUAAUGUAAUUAUUCUGGGACCAACAGGCUUCCUGGGAUCAGCUGUUUUUAUCCUCUUUUAUCCUGCAAUGAUGUUUGUUUCACGGAUCACUGCAUAUUUCAGGAGAAAAUGUGUGACCAUCACAGAUGACCGUGUCCAGAAGAUGAAUGAAGUUCUCACCUAUAUUAAAUUUAUUAAAAUGUAUGCCUGGGUCAAAGCAUUCUCUCAGAGUGUACAAAAAAUCCGAGAGGAUGAGCGUCGGAUGCUGGAAAAAGCUGGGUACUUUCAGAGCAUCACUGUCGGCGUGGCUCCUAUUGUGAUGGUGAUCGCCAGCGUGGUGACCUUCUCUGUUCACAUGACCCUUGGCUUUGAUCUGACAGCGGCCCAGGCUUUCACAGUGGUAACUGUCUUCAAUUCCAUGACUUUUGCUUUGAAAGUUACACCGUUUUCAGUAAAGUCCCUCUCAGAAGCAUCUGUGGCUGUUGACAGAUUUAAGCUUCCUUCCACUGUAUAGCCUGAUGUGUUUUGCUACGUGAGUGUACGCCCUAGGCUUGUCUCCCUGGUCUUGAUCCAGUGUCUCAUCUUUGCACCUCUCUCACAACUCCUAUCAGAGUUUGUUUCUAAUGGAAGAGGUUCACAUGAUAAAGAAAAAACCAGCCAGCCCUCACCUCACGAUAGAGAUGAAAAAUGCCACCUUGGCAUGGGACUCCUCCCACUCCAGUAUCCAGAACUCACCCAAGCUGACCCCCAAAACGAAAAAAGACAAGAGGGCUGCCAGGGGCAAGAAAGAGAAGGUGAGGCAGCUGCAGCGCACUGAGCAUCAGGCGGUGCUGGCAGAACAGAAGGGUCACCUCCUCCUGGACAGUGACGAGCGGCCCAGCCCUGAGGAGGAAGAGGGCAAGCACAUCCACCUGGGGAGCCUCCGCCUGCAGAGGACGCUCUACAACAUCGACUUAGAGAUCGAAGAGGGUAAACUAGUUGGAAUCUGUGGCAGUGUGGGAAGUGGAAAAACUUCUCUCAUUUCAUCCAUUUUAGGCCAGAUGACACUUCUAGAGGGCAGCAUUGCAGUCAGUGGAACCUUCGCUUAUGUGGCCCAGCAGGCCUGGAUCCUCAAUGCCACUCUGAGAGACAACAUCCUCUUUGGGAAGGAAUUUGAUGAAGAAAGAUACAACUCCGUGCUGAACUGCUGCUGCCUGAGGCCUGACCUGGCCAUCCUUCCCCACAGUGAUCUGACAGAGAUUGGUGAGCGAGGAGCCAACCUGAGUGGCGGGCAACGCCAGAGGAUCAGCCUUGCCCGGGCCUUGUAUAGUGACCGAGACAUCUACAUCCUGGACGACCCCCUCAGUGCCUUAGAUGCCCACGUGGGCAACCACAUUUUCAACAGUGCUAUCCAGAAGCAUCUCAAGUCCAAGACGGUUCUGUUCAUUACCCACCAGUUACAGUACCUGGCUGACUGUGAUGAAGUGAUCUUCAUGAAAGAGGGCUGUAUUACAGAAAGAGGCACUCAUGAGGAAUUGAUGAAUCUAAAUGGUGAUUACGCUACUAUUUUUAAUAACCUGUUGCUGGGAGAGACACCCCCAGUUGAGAUUAAUUCAAAAAAGGAAACCAGUGGUUCACAGAAGAAAACACAAGAGAAGGGUCCUAAAACAGGAUCAGUAAAGAAGGAGAAAGCAGUGAAGCCAGAGGAAGGGCAGCUCGUGCAAAUGGAAGAGAAGGGGCAGGGCUCUGUGCCCUGGUCAGUGUAUGGUGUCUAUAUCCAGGCUGCUGGGGGCCCUUUGGCGUUCCUGGUCAUUCUGUCCCUUUUCAUGCUGAAUGUGGGCAGCACCGCUUUCAGCAACUGGUGGUUGAGUUACUGGAUCAAGCAAGGAAGUGGGAACACCACAGUGACUCAAGAAAACAGGACAUCUGUGAGCAACAGCAUGAAGGAUAAUCCUCUCAUGCACUACUAUGCCAGCAUCUAUGCCCUCUCCAUGGCAGUCAUGCUGAUCCUGAAAGCCGUUCGCGGAGUGGUCUUUGUCAAGGGCACAUUGCGAGCCUCCUCCCGGCUCCAUGAUGAGCUUUUCCGAAGAAUCCUUCGAAGCCCUAUGAAGUUUUUUGACACUACCCCCACAGGAAGAAUUCUCAACAGGUUUUCCAAAGACAUGGAUGAAGUCGACGUGCGCCUGCCGUUCCAGGCCGAGAUGUUCAUUCAGAACGUCAUCUUGGUGUUCUUCUGUGUUGGAAUGAUCGCAGGAGUUUUCCCAUGGUUCCUCGUGGCAGUGGGGCCCCUUGUCAUCCUCUUUUCAAUUCUGCACAUUGUCUCCAGGGUCCUGAUCCGAGAGCUGAAGCGUCUAGAUAAUAUCACGCAGUCACCUUUCCUCUCCCACAUCACAUCCAGCAUACAGGGCCUUGCCACCAUCCACGCCUAUAACAAAGGGCAGGAAUUUCUGCACAGGUACCAGGAGCUACUGGAUAACAACCAGAGUCCUUUCUUCCUGUUCACUUGUGCGAUGCGGUGGCUGGCAGUACGGCUGGACCUAAUCAGCAUUGCCCUGAUCACCACCACUGGGCUGAUGAUUGUUCUCAUGCAUGGGCAGAUUCCCCCGGCAUAUGCAGGGCUUGCCAUCUCCUAUGCUGUGCAGUUGACAGGGCUGUUCCAGUUUACUGUCAGACUGGCAUCGGAGACAGAAGCUCGCUUCACCUCAGUGGAGAGGAUCGACCACUACAUCAAGACUCUAUCUUUGGAAGCACCUGCCAGAAUUAAGAACAAGGCUCCGUCCCCUGACUGGCCCCAGGAAGGAGAGAUCACCUUUGAGAAUGCAGAGAUGAGGUACCAAGAAAAUCUCCCUCUGGUCCUGAAGAAAGUGUCCUUCACCAUCAAACCCAAGGAGAAGAUUGGCAUCGUGGGUCGAACAGGAUCAGGGAAGUCCUCUCUGGGCAUGGCCCUCUUCCGCCUGGUGGAGUUGUGUGGAGGCUGCAUUAAGAUUGAUGGAGUGAGAAUCAGUGACAUUGGCCUUGCUGACCUCCGGAGCAAGCUCUCCAUCAUUCCCCAGGAGCCGGUGCUGUUCAGCGGUACUGUCAGAUCAAAUUUGGAUCCCUUCAACCAGUACACGGAAGACCAGAUCUGGGAUGCCCUAGAAAGGACACACAUGAAAGAAUGUAUUGCUCAGCUACCUCUGAAACUUGAAUCUGAAGUGAUGGAGAAUGGGGAUAACUUCUCAGUGGGGGAACGGCAGCUCUUGUGCAUAGCUAGAGCCUUACUCCGUCACUGUAAGAUUCUGAUUCUAGAUGAAGCCACAGCUGCCAUGGACACCGAGACAGACUUACUGAUCCAAGAGACCAUCCGAGAAGCAUUCGCUGACUGCACCAUGCUGACGAUUGCCCAUCGCCUACACACAGUCCUAGGCUCUGAUAGGAUUAUGGUGCUGGCCCAGGGGCAGGUGGUGGAGUUCGACACCCCAUCCGUCCUUCUUUCCAACGACAGCUCCCGGUUCUAUGCCAUGUUUGCUGCUGCAGAGAACAAGAUUGCCGUCAAGGGCUAACUCCCCCAGCGCCGCCCACAUCUCAUUUUUUUGGAGCAUUGCCAUUCCCUGCCUGGGGCGGGCCCCUCACCGUGUCCUCCUGCCGAAACCUUGCCUUUCCCGAUUUUAUCUAUCGCACAGCAGUUCAGGAUUGGCUUGUGUGUUUCACUUUUAGGGAGAGUCCUAUUUUGAUUAUUGUAUUUAUUCCAUAUUCAUGUAAACAAAAUUUAGUUUUUGUUCUUAAUUGCACUCUAAAAGGUUCAGGGAACCGUUAUUAUAUAUGUAUCAGAGGCCUAUAAUGAAGCUUUAUACGUGUAGCUAUAUCUAUAUAUAAUUCUGUACAUAGCCUAUAUUUCCAGUGAAAAUGUAAGCUGUUUAUUUUAUAUUAAAAUAAGCACUGUGCUAAGAACAGUGCAGAUUCCUUUCUAUCAUUUUUGUACAGUCUGCUGCACUAGAGGUCUGGUUUUGCUAUUAGACUAUAAGAAGGGUAGCGUGCGUUCUUCCCCAGCUGGCUGUUUCACGGUGCCGGGAUUUCUGGGUGUCUGAAGGAAGGAGUGUAGCAGUAGCCGGCCCUCCAGGGGCCCCCCUGCUGCCUUCCCAGCAGCCACGCCGGGGUGGGGCAGAGCGGGGGCCACGGAGGCCGCGCAGAGCACCGUGAAUUCUCAGGGCUCCUGCUUUCUGUCCUCUUGUCACCUCACCGCUUCUGUCGGGAGAGCAGUGGGUCAGAGUCCCAGACCCCUCUCCUCCCUCUCCACCGGGACCGAGAAUCACAGACCCUUCCUCGGCCAAGGGGGAGCAUCCUCCUGCCGUCCUCUUUUCUGCUGUUGCUUCUCAGCAAGCAUUGAGUCUGCCCCGAGUGUCCCACUGCCUCAGGUUCCCAAUGCUGGCCGGCGCACGGAGCUCUGGCGCCUUGAAACCGUCGGUUCCAAGCCCUGGAGCCCACUGCUGCUUGGCCCGAUGGUCCUUCUUCAUUUGCCUGGCCUCACACCCCCACAGUUGAGUGACAGGGUUCAGGAUUUCGUGGGUCUGUUUUCCUUUCUCCCUGCGGUUGCCGCAGAGUCUCUUCCUCUCUCCAAAGUCCGCGACUUUAAGCAGCUCUUGCUAAUCAGUGUCUCACACUGGUGCAGAAGUUUUUGUACUGUAAAGAGACCUACCUCAGGUUGCUGAUUGCCGUGGGGCUCGGUGUGUUCCCACCAACCCCGGUUGUGCCGUGGGGCCAGUAGCUCAGGUGGGCGUGCUCACUGCUGUCAUCCGUUGAAUGGUCAGCAUUGCAUGUCGUGACCAACUAGACAUUCUGUCGCCUUAGCAUGUUUGCUGAGCACCUUGUGGAAGCAAAAAUCUGAAAAAGUGAAUAAAAUUAUUUUGGAUUUU